UACCCGACCGACCUAAAAUUGCCCAGAUCUCGAUUGGGCAGAUGUGAUUUUUCAUCAGAUCGGGGACUGUAUCAGCUUGCUGAGUGUUGGACUGGGCUGAGUGGAUAAUGGCAAAAAUCCCAGGGGACCCCGGCAGCCCAGAUCCGAUCCCCCCCCAGGGCAAUUCCGGGAUCCACUGUCUCCCUACCCCUACGUGCCGCAAGUAAGACGUAGUAUGUGGAGGCAGCAAUAGGCUUCAUGGAGACAGAGGGCUUCCGGCACAUUUCCUGAACAAUGCUGGCUGAGGAGAUUCAGAGUGAUGUUGGGGUUGAGGAACAACCCCCAAAGGAAAAUAAAAGCGCCCCCCAGAGCCCGCUGAGGGGAACUCUGCGCAGAGCCGCUGCCGCGGUGUCAUUCGAGGGGGUGACUGGAGAGGCCACUGUAGAGAGGAAAAGGAAGAAGAAGAAAGAGCCUCGGCCAGAGUCCAUCAUUGUCUAUCGUUCCGACAGUGAGAAGGUGCUGGAAGAUGAGCAGGCUGAUGAUGAAGGUGGAGACAGGAAAGCAGAGGAAGGUUCCAGAUUUCUGGGAACCCCAAUGGCUGAUGGAGGAUGGAAUUUGCCACCCGACAGCCGCUACGUGACCUUAACUGGAACGAUCACUCGAGGUAAGAAGAAGGGCCAGAUGGUGGACAUCCAUGUCACACUUACUGAGAAGGAACUCCAGGAGCUUGCCAAAUCCAAAGAGCCUUUGCCGGCAGAGCCAGAGGAAGGCAAGAAGAGCUAUUCCACAGGCUGGGACAGGGGUCCACACAUUGUGCUUUGGAGUCUACUUUGUCUACCAGUUGUGUUUGUCCUCUCCUUUGUUCUUUCCUUCUAUUACGGAACUAUCACGUGGUACAACAUCUUCUUGGUGUACAACGAAGAGAGGACUUUCUGGCACAAGAUCACCGUUUGCCCCUUCCUGAUCAUUUUCUACCCCAUCAUUAUCGUGGCCGUGUCCGUGUCCUUAGCCCUCUACACGGCGGUGACUCAGGUCUCCUGGUCUUUUGAAGAGUGGUGGCACGCGGUGAGGGACAUGGAGAAAGGGUUCUGCGGCUGGAUCUGCAGCAAGCUUGGCCUCGAAGAUUGUUCCCCCUACAGUAUCGUGGAGCUGCUGGACUCGGACAAUAUCUCCGGGAGUCUGUCGGCCAAAGGCUCCACUCAAGGGGUAGAAACAUCAGCCGUUUGAUGGUUUGUAGCCCCCCAGCCUCUGUUCCUUCACAUAUUUAUCGGCCAUGUUGGAAUUCUGGAGAUUUGGUGCCAAUGACCAUUAUAGACCAGACUCCCGGAUCAGAGAUAGGGGGCGCUGACGAUAUUUAUCCCUGAACAUUAUUAUACAAUUGUUAUUUUCAUUCAUCAAUGUUGUUGUUUUCAAAAGGAAUUUCACGUAGUCACAAAUAAAAGGAGUGGUUCCCCCUUUGGACCCUAGCAACCAGAUAGCUGUCGAAACUCCAGAUUGGAGAGCUGCUGAACAAAAAUGGAAAUAAUUAAAAAUAAAUGAAGACCAAUUGCAAAUUAUUUCAAUAUCACUCUCUAUAUCGUUCUAAAAGUUAAUUCAAAGGUGAGCGACCCCUCUAAUGUGACUUCUGUCUAAGCUUGGAACGUUCCGUUACAGUUGUGCAACAGUGCCCCAGCGCAGCCGGAUCUGGCGCUUAUUCUCACAGCAGCGUCAAGUUCAUUGUUUACAAAUACGUGUGUCUAUGGGGCAAGGUUUGUGCCACCAUUACUGACUGGGCAUCUGCCCUCGCAGCCCAACCAUUCUAUGGGGUGGAAUGUUCUUUCUACAUAGAGGAACCCAACUCGGAACAUGAUGGGAUAAUAACCACUUUGUUUUUAUUUAUUCACCGGUAUUUAAAUGUCUCUACUUUGCCUUUAUGUUUGCUUCCGAGAAAUAAGGGACACACGUCUGAUUUAUUUGCAUUUAAUUUAUCUUUUGUUUCUUUUAUAUUCCGCUGUUAAUGGGGCCUCAGGGGUGAGACUAACGGAGUAAUGUAACAGUCUAUUAAAUGGCAAGUAAAGCCUGUGUUCCAAAUAA